AUGCAAAAGCGACCCUCCUUUGUUCUAUGGUUGAAAGCUACCUGGCUAGAUAUCUUCACGAUGCUUGUCCUCGGUGCAAUAGCCAUUGGUGUGUACAGUAUUCGGCCAGUGGGAACCCGAAUGUUCCCUCUUACGGUGAUAGACGAUCGCACGGGCGAGGAUACUGGCGAGGUCGUCUAUCCCGAGCUUGCAUACCCAUAUCGUUCUCAGAUUAUUUCUUCUGGGCUGGACACCGCCUUGGCUAUCUUGGUACCCCUUUUCUUUCUCUUAAUAAUCCAGAUCCGCAUUCGGAAUUUCUGGGAUCUUAACAAUACCGUUAUUGGAUAUAUUUACUCCAUCGAGACCUCCGCUGCGUUCCAAGUCAUGAUAAAAUGGCUCAUCGGGGGCCUUCGACCUAACUUCUACGAUAUCUGCAAACCGGACCCUAGUCUGGCGAGCGACCCAACUUUCAACGUCACCGGCUGGAAUGGCGUCGGCUACAGACAAUACAUGUAUACUUCGGAUAUUUGCACAAGUGGUCAGACCCGAGCUCUUUGGAAUGCGAUGCAAAGUUUUCCUAGCGGUCACUCAACGACCAUCUGGGCCGCGUAUGUGUACUUGUACUUGUAUCUAAACGCCAAGCUUAAAGUCUUUGCAAACUAUCACCCUUCGAUGUGGAAGCUCAUUCUCCUUUACUGUCCGAUUUUAGGAGCCGUGUUGGUUUGUGGGUCCUUGAAUAUCGACCAAUCCCACAAUUGGUACGACAUUGUCGCCGGCGCUAUCAUUAGCACCGUUUUUGCGUUCUCGUCAUAUCGUAUGGUAUAUGCAAGUAUCUGGGACUGGCGUGUCAAUCACAUUCCGCUGAAUCGAGCGUCUGCAUUCAGACGGAGUGAAGGUUACGAGGCAUCGGAUUUAGUAUUUACAAAUCGAGCUGGCUGGAGAGCUACACAACCUGCCGAGGAGAAGGAAGCACUGCCGACAACCGUCCUAGAAAAUGAUGGAAACAUGGCCAGUGUUGCCAACGCCCAGUCUGAUGGAACUAUGAAUAAUUAUCCUGCAGAGUACAGUGUCACGAAUGGAUAUAGUUUGGGACAAGCCCAAUGCUCUCUCCUGCGUUCCAGAUAUAGGGGUGAAGAUAUGGUGUAG